CGGUAUGUUAACAACCCUGUCGUCUAUUUAAUUUUGAUAUCGCCGCCGAACAGAACGGAUGUCUAAAUAGAAAAAAAGUAGGCGAAAUAUAAUAAAUAAGUUCAUUAGACUAAAAGUGUUAAAAAUGUCUGAAAAAAACUACUCUGUGAGCGGUCCGAAUUUUGAGGAGUACAUCGUUUGUCCUUACGAUAGGGUCCAUCGUAUAUUGCCGGUCCGUUUGACUUAUCAUUUGACCCGCUGUGCCAAGAAUUUUCCCUCCUCCAAGAUGGUGCACUGUCCAUUUAAUACCACCCAUUUGCACUCGGUUGCCAACAUGCAGAGACAUGUCAUCGAAUGCCCGAAUCGGUCGUCCUUGGAGCGCUACAAGUUGCCGGAUAUGUUGCCGCCUGUGGAACCCCGAUCCAGUGAGUUUAUUGUCGAAACCACCGAGGAUUGGGACGCCGAGCCGCCGACCCCAACUUACAAUCCCCAAAGGUACUGCGAAAAGGAGUUCAUCAUCCGUAAUCCCCAGGGCGCUCCACCGGCUGCUCGUCGCGAAUUCCGAGAGCGCGAACGCAGGCGUUUCUUGGAGAACAAUCAGUUUUAGAUCUCUAGUUCCAUGGCAUACAUAACCCCCUUAUAUAUAGCCACUUUCAAUUAUUGUAUACAUAUGUAUGAACAUACAUAUGUAAAUUGAUACAGUACUAAGAAGCGCUGAUUCUUUCGUUUUUCUUGUUUUCUUUACCCAGCAAAUUUUUUGAUUCUGUUUAUUUUUGUCGAAAAAAGUUGCAACUUUACGAUGAAUUCUAGGAAACAGUUAAAAAUAUAAAGUAAAAAUUUGAAUUUAAUUUAAUUUAUUUGAAGACAGUAUUAUCAAACGGUAAAACAGAUGUUUUCUUUUCCUUUACACUGCUCACUCGCUGAAUAAAAAAUAUGUAUUUGCUUUUCUUAUCAAAUCAUAAGUUAAAACGUUUAAUUUAAAUUAAAAUAAAAUUUUCGUAUUAUACUAGGUAAAAU